UGCGCCCCCCUCGCCCCGGCCUCCCCCGCCCUGCGUCCGCCCCGUCACCCCCGCGCGGCCUCCUGCGCCCGGGCUGGAGGCAGAUUCCUCUCUCCGGGUUUUCAGAGCGCCUUUCCGAAACCUCCUCCCCGCCCAGCCAGGGAGAGAGAUCCCGGGCGCAAUCGCUCCCCGGAGCGGCCGAGGGGCGCGCGGGGAGAGGCCUGCGCCGGGGUACUUUCAAACUGAGGCGCGCGCACACACUCACACCCACCCACCCACUCACCCACACACACAGACACACGCACGCCCAUUUAUAUAGGCGGCGGCGACGGCAGUGGCCGGGGUGGCGACGGCGAGCACAGAAACGAUGGAGCUGAGCCAGUCGACCCUGGUUGGAAGCAAGUGAGAAGAGACCAGGCGCACCCCUAAAUUUCUGUGCGGGGCGCUUGUCAUCCUCCCCAGGGAACGGUGCACCCAAAGGAGGACUGGCUGGACUGAUUUGCUAGGGAGAGGGCGGGGAAGAGGAGGCCAGGUGAGCAGAGAAGCCCCCUGCGUAUCCGGACUGCCAGAUCGCGCUUUUGCCGGACUCCUGCCCCCUCCCUGCUCAGGUGGGCGCGCCCGGUCUCCAGCUCACAGGGGCGCUCGGAGGAGACCAGAAAGUCGCCACCUGGCUGCGCGGGAUGCCUUUCGCCAAGCGGAUCGUGGAGCCGCAAUGGCUGUGCAGGCAGCGGCGCCCUGCGCCCGGCCCAGCAGUGGACGCGAGCGGAGGCAGCGCUGAGCCGCCGCCGCCGCCCCUGCAGCCGCCCGGCCGGAGGGACCUGGACGAGGUCGAGGCUCCAGGGCCAGAGGAGCCAGCCUGCGCGGUCCCUGCACCUUCAGGGCUGCCACCGCCGCCGCCGCCACUGCCCACGCCGGCCGACCAGACUCUGCCGCCUCACGGAGAGGCGUCCGUGGCUGGCGAGGAGAGCACGGCGGGGAUCCCGGAGGCGGCGCCCGCAGCUGGCGAGGCGUCCUCGGCGGCGGCGGCGGCGGCCGUGCUGCUCAUGCUGGACCUAUGCGCGGUCAGCAACGCCGCUCUGGCCCGUGUCCUCCGGCAGCUCUCGGACGUGGCCCGGCACGCUUGCAGCCUCUUCCAGGAGCUCGAGAGCGACAUCCAGCUCACCCACCGCCGCGUCUGGGCGCUGCAGGGCAAGCUCGGCGGCGUGCAGCGCGUCCUCAGCACGCUUGACCCUAAGCAGGAGGCAGUGCCCGUCUCCAACCUGGACAUUGAGAGUAAGCUGAGUGUGUACUACCGCGCCCCGUGGCACCAGCAGCGCAACAUCUUCCUCCCAGCCACAAGGCCACCCUGCGUGGAGGAGCUGCACCGACACGCCCGGCAGAGCCUGCAAGCCCUGCGCAGAGAACACCGGAGCCGGAGCGAUCGCCGAGAGCAAAGAGCAGCUGCCCCCCUUUCCAUUGCAGCUCCUCCACUGCCAGCCUACCCUCCAGCUCACAGCCAGAGGAGGCGUGAGGUUAAGGACCGUCACUUUUUAACGUUUAACAGCACCCGUUCGCCCUCCCCCACUGAAUGUUGCCACAUGACCCCGUGGAGUAGAAAGUCCCAUCCCCCAGAGGAUGAAGAUACAGAUGUCAUGUUAGGGCAGAGGCCGAAAAACCCAAUACACAAUAUCCCUUCUACACUGGACAAGCAGACCAACUGGAGCAAAGCACUACCUCUCCCGACGCCAGAGGAGAAGAUGAAACAAGAUGCCCAAGUGAUUUCUUCUUGCAUUAUUCCCAUCAAUGUCACUGGAGUUGGCUUUGACAGAGAGGCUAGUAUACGCUGCUCUCUGGUUCAUUCACAAUCGGUACUACAGCGGAGACGAAAAUUGAGGAGGAGGAAAACCAUCUCGGGUAUCCCCAGAAGAGUUCAACAAGAAAUAGAUUCUGAUGAAUCACCAGUGGCCAGGGAAAGGAAUGUGAUUGUGCACACAAACCCAGACCCCUCCAACACUGUCAAUAGGAUAUCCGGAACCAGGGACUCUGAGUGCCAAACCGAGGAUAUUCUGAUUGCUGCCCCAUCCAGAAGGAGAAUCAGAGCUCAAAGGGGUCAAAGCAUUGCAGCUUCCCUUUCUCAUUCUGCUGGCAACAUUUCUGCCCUAGCAGACAAAGGUGACACCAUGUUUACUCCUGCAGUGAGCAGCCGCACAAGAUCUCGGAGCCUUCCCCGGGAAGGUAAUAGAGGUGGGGAUGCUGAGCCCAAAGUUGGCGCUAAACCCUCAGCAUAUGAAGAGGGAGAGUCUUUUGUGGGUGACCAUGAAAGAACCCCUAAUGAUUUCAGUGAGGCUCCAAGCAGCCCGAGUGCCCAGGACCACCAGCCUACUUUGGGCCUGGCCUGCUCUCAACAUCUUCACAGCCCCCAGCACAAAUUAAGUGAGAGGGGAAGGUCACGUCUGUCCCGAAUGGCUGCUGACUCUGGCAGCUGUGACAUCUCCUCCAACUCAGACACGUUUGGGAGCCCCAUCCACUGCAUCUCCACUGCUGGCGUCCUCCUUAGCAGCCACAUGGACCAGAAAGAUGACCACCAGUCAUCCAGUGGCAACUGGAGUGGGAGCAGCUCCACGUGCCCCUCGCAGACCUCAGAAACCAUCCCUCCUGCAGCUUCUCCCCCACUUACUGGCUCUUCACACUGUGACUCAGAGUUGUCACUAAACACAGCCCCUCAUGCCAAUGAGGAUGCCAGUGUUUUCGUGACAGAGCAAUACAAUGACCACUUGGAUAAAGUGAGAGGCCAUCGGGCAAAUUCCUUUACCUCCACUGUUGCAGACCUGCUGGAUGAUCCCAACAACAGCAACACAAGUGACAGUGAGUGGAAUUACCUACACCACCACCAUGAUGCCUCCUGCCGCCAGGAUUUUAGUCCUGAGCGUCCCAAGGCAGACAGCCUGGGCUGCCCAAGCUUCACAAGCAUGGCCACUUAUGACAGCUUUCUGGAAAAGUCUCCAUCAGACAAAGCGGACACUAGCUCUCACUUUUCAGUAGACACGGAAGGAUACUAUACCUCCAUGCACUUUGACUGUGGUCUCAAAGGUAAUAAGAGCUAUGUCUGUCACUAUGCAGCCCUGGGCCCAGAGAAUGGCCAGGGUGUAGGGGCUUCCCCUGGUCUUCCAGAUUGUGCCUGGCAGGACUACUUAGACCACAAGAGGCAGGGAAGACCAAGCAUCUCUUUCAGGAAACCAAAGGCAAAGCCGACCCCACCUAAACGUAGCUCAUCAUUGAGGAAGUCUGAUGGAAACGCAGAUAUUUCUGAGAAGAAAGAAUCAAAGAUAAGCAGUGGUCAGCACCUGCCUCACAGUUCCAGGGAAAUGAAGCUGCCUCUUGAUUUCGCCAACACGCCUUCUCGAAUGGAAAACGCCAAUCUUCCCACCAAGCAGGAACCUUCUUGGAUAAACCAGAGUGAACAUGGCAUUAAGGAACCUCAGUUGGACGCUUCGGAUAUUCCACCAUUCAAAGAUGAAGUUGCCGAAUCCACGCACUAUGCAGACCUCUGGCUCCUAAAUGACUUGAAAACAAAUGAUCCUUAUAGAUCUCUAUCUAAUUCAAGCACUGCUACGGGUACCACAGUCAUUGAAUGCAUCAAAUCUCCAGAGAGCUCUGAAUCCCAAACAUCACAAUCAGAAUCAAGAGCCACCACCCCAUCUCUUCCUUCUGUUGACAAUGAGUUCAAACUGGCUUCACCAGAAAAGCUGGCUGGCUUGGCAUCUCCAUCAAGUGGCUACUCAAGCCAGUCUGAAACGCCAACAUCCUCUUUCCCUACAGCUUUCUUUUCAGGUCCAUUGUCUCCCGGAGGUAGCAAAAGAAAACCUAAAGUCCCAGAAAGAAAAUCCUCACUACAGCAACCCUCUUUAAAAGAUGGAACUAUAUCACUGGGUAAAGACCUUGAACUUCCAAUUAUACCUCCUACCCAUCUUGAUCUAAGUGCUCUUCAUAAUGUCUUGAACAAACCAUUCCACCACCGUCAUCCACUGCAUGUUUUUACUCAUAAUAAGCAGAACACAGUAGGAGAAACACUGAGGUCGAAUCCUCCACCGUCCCUUGCAAUUACACCAACGAUCCUGAAAUCUGUUAACCUUAGGUCUAUCAACAAGUCUGAAGAAGUUAAGCAAAAAGAAGAAAACAAUACAGAUCUCCCUUAUUUAGAGGAAAGCACACUCACAACGGCUGCCUUGUCUCCAGGUAAGAUUAGGCCGCAUACAGCAAAUAAAUCAGUAUCUCGUCAAUACUCCACCGAAGAUACCAUACUGUCCUUUUUAGACUCUUCUGCAGUUGAGAUGGGACCAGAUAAACUAUAUUUAGAAAAAAACUCUACUUUUGAUGUGAAGAAUCACUGCGAUCCAGAAAUCAUAACAUCAGCUGGUAGCAGUCUUCUAGAUUCAAAUGUCACAAAAGACCAAGUGCGUACAGAGACUGAGCCUAUUCCAGAAAACACACCAACCAAAAACUGUGCUUUUCCCACAGAAGGAUUUCAGAGGGUCUCUGCUGCCCGCCCAAAUGAUUUGGAUGGUAAAAUAAUACAAUAUGGACCUGGUCCAGAUGAAACUCUAGAACAGGUACAGAAGGCACCCUCUGCAGGUCUGGAGGAAGUUGCACAACCUGAAUCUGUGGAUGUAAUCACAUCUCAGUCAAACUCACCAACUAGAGCAACAGAUGUAAGCAAUCAACUUAAGAAUCAAUUUGUUAUGAGCCGCCACCACAACAAAGUGCCUGGUACUAUCAGCUAUGAAUCGGAGAUAACAUCUGUAAAUUCAUUCCCUGAAAAAUGUUCCAAGCAGGAAAAUAUUGCUUCAGGUAUUUCAGCCAAAAGUGCCUCUGAUAACAGCAAAGCAGAGGAGACCCAAGGAAAUGUGGAUGAGGCUUCAUUGAAAGAAUCAUCACUGAGUGAUGACUCCAUCAUUUCACCACUUAGUGAAGACUCCCAAGCUGAAGCAGAGGGUGUGUUCGUGUCUCCAAACAAACCUCGAACAACUGAGGAUUUAUUUGCAGUCAUUCACAGAUCCAAGAGGAAAGUACUUGGAAGAAAAGAUUCCGGGGACAUGUCUGUUCGAAGCAAAUCGAGAGUUCCCCUUGGCAGUAGCAGCAGCAGCGCCAGUUCCAUCACUUCACCCAGCAGUAAUGUGACAACCCCCAACAGCCAGAGGUCUCCUGGUCUCAUAUACCGAAAUGCCAAAAAGUCCAACACAUCCAAUGAAGAGUUUAAGCUGUUACUGCUCAAGAAAGGCAGUCGCUCAGAUUCCAGUUACCGCAUGUCUGCCACUGAGAUCCUGAAGAGCCCCAUACUGCCCAAACCUCCUGGGGAGCUCACAGCAGAGUCCCCUCAGAGCACCGAUGAUGCCCAUCAGGGGUCACAAGGGGCUGAGGCAUUGUCCCCACUCUCUCCAUGCUCCCCACGAGUUAAUGCAGAAGGCUUUUCCUCGAAGAGCUUUGCCACCUCAGCAUCAGCAAGGGUUGGACGUUCUCGGGCCCCUCCUGCAGCCAGCAGCAGCCGCUACAGUGUCCGCUGCCGGCUGUACAACACGCCCAUGCAGGCGAUCUCCGAGGGAGAGACGGAAAAUUCUGACGGGAGCCCACAUGACGACCGUUCCUCCCAGAGUUCAACAUAGACUGCCUGUACCAGGCUGCCUGGCAAAGGCCAAAACCCUUACUCACAUGAGGAUGGAGGAACAGAAUAGAGGACUUGGGAAAAGUCUCAACUUGAUGGGGUAGCAUCACUGCCAAGCAAUGAAUGAAUUUCUAAAUACAGUAUGUGCUGGGUAAACAGAAAGUGGUUUAGACAUUCUUGAUUAGUUUCCAUGUUUUAAGUAGCUGCAGUCUUUCAUGUUUUUCUUUAGCAUAGUUUGAUUUAUGCAAUCUCCUUCCUUGUAAAAAUAGAGGAUACAAAAAUGUCUAAUUUUCAUGACACCUAGAAAACGUUUUCCCAGAGCUGCCUAUUCAGAAAAUAAAGCCCUCACUGUCAUUAUUCUUUAAGAAGAUGAAAUUACUCUGGAGGUUUGGUAUUUUUUUACAUUAAAACAAACUAAAGCAAAAUUUAGAAGAAAGAACUACACAUAUGUAAAUACCAUAUUUUUGAUAAAAAUGUGUAAAUAGAUUUAUCAAUGAUGAGUGGACAUGUGGUCAAUUAUCUACUGCACACCAACUGUUUAUAGAAUACACAAAAAUAAAAUGUAAUAACUGUAUUCUGUGAAUACCAUUUUCAUAUCAAAUGCCAUAUUUAAAUGUCCACCAAUAUGAUUUCUGAGUGGUAAACCUCAAAUAUGAAUUUUAAACUGGUGAACUAAAGGAAAUCUUGAGGUCAUAUACUGAAAUAUGAAUAAUUUAAAAUAAUGAAUUCAGAUCUAAUCAUUUUUGUGACAAAUUGCAGCACCAAACAAACUAAUAGCAACUCAUGGCUGUGAUUUGUUGUGUGGUAAUUUGGACAGAAUGAAAAGCAUGCUUUUGAUUUUUUUUUUAAUCAGUGAGAGAAGUCAUCAUUCUCAACACAAAGCCCUGAACAACAGCAUUUGACAGUGUCCUUUAGAUUUUAAUUUUUUCAAUGGAUUGCUUUAAAGAGAAUGAGUAGGGAAAACAGUAGUUAAUUUUAGGUUAUGUUUUAUAUUAGGCUACUGGGGACAUAAACGGUCAUAACUAAUGACUAUAAUCAUUAAACUCCUUAAACAGUUUAGAAAUUAGCUCCAGGUUCUUAAACUAACAAAAAUAAAACCUAAGCAUGCCACAGAGCUAUUGAAUAAUCAGUAAGUACCUGUAAUGAGUUUUCAGUGAAGCUUUCUCUCUGUGCUGAUGAGAUUCAUGCUACCUAAAAAUUAACAGAAAUGACACUGUGAACAAUGUAGUUGGAAAAUAGGUAUGUGUAUAUGCAUUAUUUAUAUUCAUUGUUAAACUGGGAAUGGGGAACAGCUCUGGUUCACAAUACUACAUACAACUGAGUUUUUGUCUGGUUUUACUAUAGUGUCUGCUUGAUGGCAAAAGGGGAGGGUGGUGGGUGGGAGAGGAAAUGUCAGGGCAGGUGCUCUGAUAAAAUAAAGGCAGGGAAACAAGCUGAAUUACUUGAAAUUACUUGAAUUUUCUUGUCUUAAAACUGAAAAAAAAUGUAGUUAUAAGUUAAAAUCUGCAAAUGGUUUUUACACCUCUGAUUUUAACAUGAACUGAUACUAAUGUUUGGAAUCUUAUGUCAGAAAUACAAGCAGCUAUGUACUUAGAAUAGGUUUUGAAUGGGAGAGGUAGAACGUAGAGAGAAUUAAGAAGGGAUCUGACUUAUAAAAGACUAGAAUGUGAUUAGAAUGAUAGAACAUACCAAUGUUACCAAGAAAUUGACAAGCUGCUGGCUUUAAGCUUACGCAAGUGGUAGUUGGGAAAGUAGGAGGUGUGGAAGGGGGUUUGUAUUUUGGAUUAAUUCAUGCAAAAUGAAGGAGGAAGCCUGGUCUAAGAAGAUACUGUCUUUCAAUAGAAAUGAUUUCUAAACUGCUACAGAUUAAGAACAGAUAAUUUGAUUGCUGUUGUUUUGUUUGUUUGGAAAGAAAAAAAAUGUCUGGCUUCUUCUACUAUUUGUUUUCACUACCAAACUGUGUUACUAAAUUUCUUGUCUUCCUUGUACGUAAAAUGGGUGCUGGGGGUGGAGGGGUAUAAGAGGAGGGAGAGUCAGAGAGAGUGUGUAUGUGUGUGUGUGAGUGUGAGUGUGUGUGCACACACACACUGGGGAUAGAUAAGCUACCUGGUAAAGGGUUUGAACAUUUACAAAGUGUUACACUUUUUCUUAAAAGAAAAAUGUUUUGGGGUUUGAAUAAAAUGGACCAUCAUUUCUCAUUGGAACCCAUUAAUUAAGAAAACCAGCAUGGUUUGACACCACAUGGGAACAUGAAUAAAUCUGUCUCAUGAUUUGAAAAGUACACCUUGCAAAGUUUUAAAAAUGAAGUUUUUAGGCAAAUGCGAUAAGAAACCGUCAUUUCCAGUCACAGUAGGCGAUCUUUUGUAAUUUCAUAAAAGCAGUUCGUUUGCAGUAUGGCUUUUGUGUAGUUAGGGGUUUUUUUAAGCGUGAAGAAAGGUAUGUGGGCUUUAAAAGUGAUUCUAAAUCUUGAAUAGAAAACACAUGAAUUGGCUUUAAUAAAAAUGUCACCGUUUUAUUAUUGACAUUAAUUUAAGUAAUGGUACCAUAUAUUUUUUAAAAUACAUAUUGACUUGAAUUGUGAGGCAAUAAGAUACCUUCUAUAUGUAAUGAUCACAGAACUAACCCUUAUAAUAUAGUUUUACUUAUUUUGUUUACGCUAAAAAUCUAUAGCAGAGUUUCUCUAUUUUAUAUUUCAUAGAUUUAAAAACCCAAAUAAAGAUGGAUUUAAAAUUCACUGUGGAAAAGAGUAUUGAGUUACAAACUGAGAAGAAAAAGCAGGAAGUUCCCUAAUAAUCUGGAAUAUUCUACAUGGCUUGAUUACAUAGCAAACAAGACCAAGAUUUAGGGCUGUCUUUAACAUCACUGCCGUCUUGAAGCAGGGUACACACAUUAGGUAUUUUGAAGAACAUCAAUCCGAACUUUUCUUCUGUUGUUUGCACUGAUGCGAUUUUUUGUUCUUUUAUGUUUAUACAACGUAUCUAUGUUGUGUAGGGGAAAUUUUUUCAUUUUUUAAAAAUUCUACUUUGAUUUUGUUGUUGUUUUGUUUUGUUUUUGGCUAAGUAGAGGACAUGGACUAGUUGUAGCAAACAAAACAUGCUGUUUGCUCUUGCCAAAGGUCAGUGAGUGAGUGCAUUUGCUGCAGUGGUGGCACGUAGAGAACUAGAUGGUAAUAAAGAUUUAAAACUAUGAAGAAGGCUACAGUGUAACUAUUUUGGUACUAGAACCAGUUCAUGCUGGCCGAAACGACAAUGGUUUAUGGACUUGCAUCCAUUUUGUAUUUUUGUAAUAUUUGUAAAUAUGAACUUUUUAAAUUGCUGCAAAGAUGGUUUCUUUUGUAAGAUGUUUUCAACGUUUACAUUCAAUCCAAGCCUUUGUAUAUUUUAGAGCUGUGCAACACUUUAAGUCUUGUAUUUAUUUUUAGUAAAAAUGGUGACAGUUUCAUUGUGAACCCCUCUCAAAAAAAAUGUAUCAGAAAAGUUUGAUUACCUAGAAAGUGUGUAUAGAAACUGCAAAUAAACGUGACUGCAAUUAAACAAC